AUGGAAGAUCUCUUAUUCGAGCAAUUUCCUCCCACUCCCCCUGGAACGGAAGACCAACUGAAGAAAGCUGUCAUCUUACAACACAACUGGGCUUAUGAUGACUCCGCCGACUAUGUCCCAUCUUCCAUACGCAAUCGAAUUCCACACCAUUUGAAGACAGAUGGAAAACUAUAUCUAAGGAGAGGUACAGAGGGGUUCAUGUAUCGAACAAGCCUGAAUCACAAGUGGGGGGUUGUGAUCUUUAUCAUCAAAUCUAUGGUUAUCCAUGGCGUGGAUUUCUUACCAUUGUCUCAGAAAAUUGCAACCUCCCAGCCCCUCCAAAGCACAGCUUUUCCACCACCAAUUAACUAUGCCAAUCAUGGAAACUCAAUGGACGCUUUCAUUCAUGCAAUUUGGUUUACUUUGCGCUCAAGAAUACCAGAUCUUCAAGCGCUUACUCCUGGAUUUGACUUCGUAGGCUUAUUUUUCGGACCUGACUUCCUUCACAACAUCCAAACAAUCCUCCGAGGGUUUGUCCCAGACGCUCGCCGUGUUUUCAAAGACGGCAAUUUUUCCCUCGAUGAUAUUCUUAAUAUUCCAAAACUUACGAGUACUUGGGCCCCAACUGGCUCUAUCAUAUACAUUCGGCUUUAUCAUAAAGAAGACCGAGCUAGUUACGGCAGUGCUAUUUAUGUUGGUCAAACUAUUCAACUACAAAAGCGUCACAGCCAACAUAAUACAGAAACAUUAACUUCACGCGCAAGGCAUUACCAAAUUGCACGUCAAUUCACAUUAGAAGAACGUCACAUGAUACCUAUAUGCAUUUGGGAGGAUGAUAUCCCAUUCCAUGUUUUAACCAUGGCUGAACAAACGGUAGUACUUCUUCUCAACUCAUAUAUGACAUUUACCAAUGAUACACUAUCGCCAACAAAUUCUUUUUAUCCAUUUUUCCAGCGAAUUCAGUUUAUGCGUCGUCUUGUUCAAGAUCUUCAGCAAAGGCUGCCAUGGGCGCCUAAUAUUACACUCACGGGCUUGAAUGUCGAAACCCCUCUGAUCUCUACGAGGACCUUCCGCUAUAUUAGCGCUAUCCCUGGGCUUCAAUUUGUCGAAAGCGCCCAAACUUUUACCCGCUAUCGGACUCCUAUUGCAUUCUCGCGCAAAGACAACUGUGCUUGCGUUUACCGUCUCUCAAUGCGAGAUGGCGUCAAUAAAAUACGUGUUAGUAUAAGCAUCCCAGAAGCAGAUGUCAAUUCCAUGCAGAUUCCCAAUAACGGCUUUUUAAUAUUCGAAAUUAUGGACAAUGGACAACCUCAUCCCAACCCAUGGAUUAGAUGUCCAGCUGUUGGGCCAUUUGAAGAUUUUAUACAAGCCUCGGCUCUUGGUAUCCGAUUUGAAUGGUAUAAUGAAAACCAGAAUACCUGGCUCUCUACAACUGUUCAUAAAUUUGGGAGCCCCGGCAUGGUACAAAUCGCUGCCAAGGAAAAUAACAUACGUCUACCUAUGUCAAUCUGGCUCAGUGCUAUAUAUAUUAUUCAAGCACUUGAAGGAAUUGUUUAUUCAGACUACCAGCCAAACCAGGGAUUUUACAAGCGCCUGACCUUUGGCUCUGUCCAUGUAAAGCAGCUUCAAACCGACCACCUAAAACAAACCUACCAAUGGAUACACAGACCAGAAAUAUUACGGCCUUUCCCUAAAAUAGCAACAUGGCAAUAUAAUUUCUCUCUAAUGGUGAAGCGCUUUUCUUCACUCUCGACAUUUAUCCCCCAUGAACCUGUUAAUCAUCUUGCAGAUAUUAACAGAUAUAAUCCUGCUGGAGAUAACAAACCCCUUCGGGUACAAUUCAGAACUAAAUGCGACUUCUGUAUCCUUUCAUCUACACCUCAUCACCUUCCGUGUAUACCGGAUAACUCAUCACCUUAUGGACAGGUGUGUAUGAUAUGUUCACUAUUUAACCGCCCUUGUUCGUUUACAAGGCCAGCAGAAUUGAUUGAACUCUGGGGACAAGAGACGCCAACUUUACACCCCAAAACUCCCUUAUCUUUAUAUCCGACUGGACCACACCGUUUCCUAGCCUUUUAUUUAGUCAGGAGUCAAGGUGUCCGAGAAGUCCAAGAGCCACGUGAAAAAGCUUUAGGGCUCUUCCAAGAUCAGCAGAUGGCUAUAUUAGAUGAGGAUACGGAUGAUGAUUAG